AUGGAACAAAUAAGACCAAAUAUGUUUCCGUUUUUUCCAGGACAAGUUCCGCCGAAUUUUACAGGGUUUCCAAUGGAACGUCUUCGAUUCACCCCUCAACAACAAAUUGUGCCAUUCAAUUCACCGCCUGUUUUUCCUGGAGUUCCAAUGACGCACCAUCAGAUGCAGCAGAACAUGAUGAGCCCCAGGGUACCGCCCCUACCCCCACCGUUUCCUGGGUUCGGCUUCUCUCAAGAUGAAGUGGAUAUGAUACUGUAUGGAUAUACCAAGAGUAAAGCGGGGGAUCAGUGUUUAGGGCAUGCUCUUUCCGGUCUGAGAAUUGGCGACUUGACACACGGAAUGGAGAAGAUACUGUCUGGUUCACCCCAGACACCCAGCAGCACCACCAGUUCUAGCAGUAUUAAAUCCAGUCCUACAUCAAUUUGUGAAUCCUCUAGUCUCGAUCUACCAGAAGGCAUCGUGGUCCAUCAAACAGGAUUCGCUGGCACUCUCCAUCACGGGGUAUUCUGUGCCAAAACAGUCAUCUCUAAAGGAGUGAGGUACGGGCCAUUUAAAGGCAGGGUGGUGAACACGAGCGAAAUCAAAACCAACGACGAUAACUCUUUUAUGUGGGAGGUCUUCCAAGAAGGUAAACUAAGUCAUUUUAUAGAUGGACGAGGGAGUACGGGCAACUGGAUGUCGUGUGUGAAUUGUGCUCGGUAUGCCCAGGAACAAAACCUAAUAGCAGUUCAGCACGAGGGCGAGAUAUACUACGAAGUAUGUAAGGAUAUUCCCCAGGGUACGGAGUUACUCGUAUGGUACGGGGAUUGUUAUUUACAGUUUAUGGGGGUACCUGUUGCCUUGAAAGAAAUGGCGGAUGGCGGGGCUCAAGACGAGGCUGACACCAGUGAGGGAUUUAGCUGUGAGAGAUGUGGGAAAUGUUUUGCCUAUAAAUACUAUAGAGAUAAACAUCUAAAAUACACUCGCUGUGUAGAUCAGGGGGACAGAAAAUAUCCUUGUCAUCUCUGCAAUAGAUCGUUUGAGAAAAGAGACAGAUUAAGAAUCCAUAUAUUGCACGUGCAUGAAAAACACCGUCCACAUAAAUGCCUGGUUUGUGGUAAAAGUUUCAGCCAAUCGUCUAGUCUCAAUAAACACAUGCGGGUUCACAGUGGUGAACGACCGUAUAAAUGUGUGUAUUGUAAUAAAGCUUUCACAGCGUCCAGUAUUCUUAGGACUCAUAUAAGGCAGCAUUCUGGCGAGAAACCAUUCAAGUGUAAACAUUGUGGAAAAGCUUUUGCAUCACAUGCUGCUCACGAUAGUCAUGUGAGACGAACACAUGCCAAGGACAGACCCUGCACGUGCAAUAUAUGUGGUAAAUCCUUCACUCAACCGUUCGAACUUAAAUAUCACAUGGCAUCACACAUGCCACAGUAA